AUGGACACAAUUGGAUUCGAGACGACCUGCAGCGCAGGUAUAAGUGUUAAGUGUACCUGCAGUGAACGACCAACAGAUCGUGAAAGGCCACGACCAAGCGUUGCAAAAUUUGGUCAACCCAAAACCGAUUUAUCUUGCCGAUCACGUGGUUGGGAAGGAACAAGGGAAUUGGUUUUAUAUAUAAGGGCCAGUGGAACGGGUCUCACGAGUAAUAGUACAGAGGUCCUUGUGAAGCAAUAGCGGAUCAUCUAUAUCGUGCUUCGUUUAUCGUACAUAUCAUCACUAGCAAGAUUUAUACACGGCACGAGAUCUAGAAUACGUUUAAUCUGUGAUGGUGAGAAGAAGAAUCAAAGAUGGCGCGGAGCCGCCAUAUUAGCUUACGCAUGUGCAUUCGUGAUAUAAGGAGCAACGCAUGUGCAUUUGUGAUAAGUAACGUGUGACUUGCAACCUAUAUUUUCUUCUAUAAAAUUAACACUUUUGAACCAAGAUAUUGGUUAAUCGCGAUUACUUGCAAGCAAUUUUCAUCACUUUGAUCGAAAUAAUUGCACGAUACAGAAACUAUUCGAGUAUUACGUGUUAUAUCUCCGUAUGUGACUUUUGGUGUACACUGAAUUUUCGACACACGUUUUUCAUUUGUCGGGACUUUUCCAAGCAAUGCAUUAACGCAGAAGAUCCGUCUUUUUCGAGAGAAUAAUAUCCGAUUUGAUACCGAUUUGGGAAAUAAAUCGCAAAACGUUACAUUUGAUCAAGAUACGAGACGAUACAUUUCGUUAAAUGAUUCUAACCUGCGAGGAUAAGGAAAAGUGUCAAAGCAAUUUUAUCUUUAAUGAAUAUAUGUGUGAGAAGAUUAAUAGAAGAAGAGACAAUCACGACGGUCAAUUCUUGGCUAACAAGCUGUUCCUGCUGCGACCUAUUAAACAACCGAUACGAGUGGAGUACAACAAUGUCAACAAACUUACGAUACAUCUUUCUGUUUAGCGAACACUGUGCUUUAUGGAAACAGAAUAAAGUGAAAUAGUGUUUACUGCUAUCUAUAGCUGUGGCAAGCUGUAUUGUACAGUGAAUUUUCUUUCUCUUGUACUUGU